AUGGCAUCCUUCUUCUCCUUCUCCUCCCCCGUCGACGUCGAUGUGCGUCUCGAUGCAGAGGAUGACCGCAAGCAAGUCGAAAUCAAGAUGGACAAGGCGGGCAAGGAAAAGUGUCCCAUCUACUUUGACGGCGAAAGCGUAAAGGGCUCCGUAUCCGUUCGCGUGCGCGACGGCAAGAAGCUCGUGCACGAAGGAAUCAAGAUCGAGUUUGUUGGCAGCAUAGAGAUGUUCUACGACCGGGGCAACCACUACGAGUUUCUCUCGCUCGUACAGGAGCUCGCUUCCCCCGGCGAGAUGCGCGCAGCACAGAACUUUGACUUUGAGUUCAAAAACGUCGAAAAGCAGUACGAGAGCUACAACGGCAUCAACGUAAAGCUCAGAUACUACAUCCGCGUCACCAUCUCCAGGCGGCUCACCGACGUCGUCAAGGAGCGCGACAUCUGGGUACACUCCUACCGCAUGCCCCCAGAUUCCAACAACGCCAUCAAGAUGGAGGUCGGCAUCGAAGACUGCCUUCACAUCGAGUUCGAGUACAACAAGUCCAAGUACCAUCUCAAAGACGUCAUCGUGGGCAAGAUCUACUUUCUUCUCGUGCGCAUCAAGAUCAAGCACAUGGAGCUCUCCAUCAUCCGCCGCGAGACAACAGGCGCCGCACCCAACCAGUACAACGAGUCCGAGACCAUCACCAAGUUCGAAAUCAUGGACGGCGCCCCCGUCCGCGGCGAGACCAUCCCCAUCCGCCUCUUCCUCGGCGGCUUCGAGCUCACACCCACCUUCCGCGACGUCAACAAAAAGUUCAGCACGCGCUACUACCUCAACCUCGUCCUCAUCGACGAGGAAAACAGACGCUACUUUAAGCAGCAGGAGAUCACCGUGUUUAGGAUCCCCGAAAACUAG